CACGUAUCAGAUAUGACAGAUAUUUCGCUCGUGUAUGGGGCGCUAUUAACUUAUGAACCAAGUUGGACUAUACUAGAACCUCAGCCGGAGAAAAGCCUUACAUCUGUACUUCAUGUGGACGGGGCUGUAUAAGUUCGACUCAACUAAAAAGGCACAUGCGAAUUCAUACAGGUGAAAAACCAUUUUGCUGUUACAUUUGCUCAAAAUGUUUUAUGCGAAGCGAGGAGCUGAAGAAUCAUAUUAGAAUCCACAAAGGUGAGAGAAAUCAUGUUUGCGCUGUAUGCUCCAAAGGAUUCUUCCAAAAAAACACCUUAAAAGUUCAUAUGAGGAUUCAUACAGGGGAAAAACCGUUUUCUUGUAACGUCUGCCAUAAAUCGUUUUCACAGUCUGGGCCUUAUUGUAUUCAUAUCAAAACACAUUGUACCGAAGAGACGUGUACUACACAGCAAACUGAGGGCAAAUCAGGAGAUGCAAAUUAUUUGUAAAUUUGUGCUUUACAUCUGAUAUAUGUUAUCGCAUAAACUAAUAAAUAUUGUCUACUUUGUA